CCUCUCAUGAUCGGAUUCUCCUGGUGCAGGGAGGACUUUUCUCCCAGAGAUGGACAAACUUAGGAGGUUCUGGCAGAACUGGAGGAGACCGGACGUCUCCCAGAGUGAGUCCAGUCCGCUGAUUCAAAAGGAAGCGGACGACCCUGAAGAGCCCCAGCAGAGGAAGACUUACGGACCAACCCGUUUCUACUCAAGACCGCCGCCUCGCUACCCCUGGACUCACAUCUUCCUCAAGUACUUCCUGUUCCUCUGCAACUGGUUGUUCGCCGUCCUUGGCUUGGGGGUCCUCAGUUUGGGAAUAUGGGGCCUGGUCAGCAAAGACUCCUUCGCCCAGGAGAGGAUCGGAAGCAUCGGCACCGACCCCAUGCUGGUCCUGGUCACUCUGGGUCUGCUGAUAACCCUGCUGUGCCUGACCGGCUGCGUCGGCGCCGUACGCGAGAACUGCUGCCUGCUGAGGGUCUUCUCCAUGCUGGUGCUGACUCUGAUCAGCGCUCAGGUGGUGGCCGCCAUCCUCUCCUACACCAUGCAGGACCAGAUCGGAGGUCUGCUGAGGUCAGGGAUGCUGGCGGCUAUGGAGGGCUACCAAGAUGACCUGGACUUGAGGUUCAUCACGGAUGAGAUCCAGACCAACCUGCAGUGCUGUGGCGCUGAUGACUACAGAGACUGGGAAAUAAACAUUUACUACAACUGCUCCUCUCCAGGAGUCCUUGCGUGCGGCGUUCCGCCCACCUGCUGCAUCGAUCCCAUGGAGAACAGCACGAUCUGGAACUCCCAGUGUGGAUUAGGGGCUUUGAGCCUGGAUGAGUUCACAGCUCAGAGCGUGGUCUAUCUGGGCGGUUGUGUCGGGGGACUUUCGCGGUUCAUUGUCCAGAACCAGGGCACGAUAACCACCGUGGUUGUUGUCCUACUGGUGGCCCAGAUUCUGGCCCUGUUAGCCACCACCCGACUGAUAGAAAACAUACAGUGGCACAGAGGUGGCAUGUAGCAGGAAACAAUUUAUCCGAAAUUAUUCCAGGUGAAGCCCAUAAUCCUUCAUCCUACUGCUGCCUCACAAGUGAAACACAGGUUGUGUAUUAUUAAGCGCUAUUCACCCUUCACCCCCAGUAUGACUUCACAUACUAUGCGAUAUGCAAUGCGUCUAAAUCGCCUGCUCUGAAGAGUCAAACUCAAGGCCCGAGGGCCAAACCUGGUCGCCCAAGUCAUUGUAGGUGGCCCAGAUAGUUUGAAAAAAAGAAGCCAAUGCCUUGAGAAUCACAAAGCUAUUGAAGCUGUGCCGUUAAAAAUUCAUACGAAUGGAAGUGAAUUUGAUUAAAGAUGAGCUGAUGAGAAAGAAUUUCCACCCAUUGUGUGUGUGAAAUGUUGAUUAUGAGUUGAAAAAUAUUCUUGUUUUAUAUAUAUAUAUAUAUAUAUAUAUAUACAAUUUUAACAUUUUAUAUGUGAUAUAGUUUGGGCAACACUGUGGAAAAUCACUUGCCGCCAAUGGAAAAUAAAUUGAAUAGUCAGGUGAUGAUAUUAAAAUGAAUUAUGGUAUUUAUUCUUGUAUCACCUCAAAUUAAAUGUUAAAUUAGCUAUUUCAAAUGCACAAUUCUACUUUGACAUGAUGGAAUGAGCUCCAUUUAAACAGACACAAAACAUUUGUUAAAAACUUUAUUAUCCUUUCAUGAACUGAAUUUUAGUGGCUUCAGAAAAUGGAUUGAGUGUAUAAAACAUACGUUCUGCUGUCAUCUAUUGUAUUUACAGACUGGAAGCAGCAUAUUCCAGACAUGUGUCUCAGAUGAUUCCGUACUGAGCCAGUUCAUGCAGCUCUAGGUGACUGUAAGCUUCCCACGGGCAGAUGACUGUGAUAUCUGUUGAGAUAUAAGAAUACAUGUCUUACUAUUGUCUCUGCCUUGUUUCUACCUGUUCCUCCUUGAUGCCUACCGGUGCCGAGGCCUUCCAUGCCCGGGAUCUCCUCCCCGAAACUAACAAAGAAAAAAUAAAGUUAUAGCUUUGAGAGAGAAACUCAAGCCCAACGUGAUCGGUACCCGAUGACUCCUCUCUUGGGGGGUUUGCUCUUGAACUGACGGCUGUUCCUCUGCUUGAAUUUGGGCGGGCCUUUGCGUGGUGACCCCGGCGCCGUGGCUCUGAGUGGCGCUUUGGUGCCGGUCUUCGCCUCAGGUCU